AUCAAUUAUUCAUGACAAUUGUGAUGAAAAAACGGUAAAAGAUCAUCAAAGAUAGGUCUUCAGUCCGGCAUCAACUUUAAAAUUAAUUGAUACAGGUUUUUCAGCAAGUACACGGCUCUGUGAAAGAUGCUCUUUUCAAUCACGAAGACGGACGUGACGUUAUUAGCGCAAUUCAGAGUGGAAAAUUUGGAAAGAAAGAUAGAAAACGUCUGAUGCCAGUCAUAGAAGCCAAUCUUAUUGAAUAUCACUAAAUGUACUAUCGUCCAGAUGAGGCUAAAUGGAAUUUAGCUGAAAGUCUAGUAGCCGAAUUUCCAUCUCUACGAAGUGAAUAUGGAGAUUAUGGAUGUAUUCAGGAAGAGUUCAAGCGCAUAAUGAUAAGCGUCGAUUUCAAGGACGAAUUUUUGGGUGUUUUUCUAGCUUCUUAUGUCCAAAAAAUGUUUGCCUACUGCAAAAUGGAAAAACCGAAAAUUUAUAAAGAAGCUCUAGCUACGAUUAAAGAUGAUAACUUAAGGGCUGUUUCAAUUCUACCGGAAUUACUACCAAAUACAAAUUUUGUACUUGGUAAGCGGGCAAAGGAAAACAAAGUAGGAAAAGCAGCAAAAAAGGUUUAUUCUACUUCUGAUAUAUUGUCUCAUUCUUAA